AUGGGUUUUGGACAAAAUUCACGAGGUGGCGGCGGUGGCAGUCGAGGUCGUGGUGGUGGUGGUUUCAGAGGUGGUCGAGGCGGCAGCGGUGACAGAGGCCGUGGAGGAUUCAGAGGAGGACGAGGCGGCAGCGGUGACAGAGGCCGUGGAGGAUUCGGAGGUCGCGGUGGCGGUCGUGGCCGUGGCGGAUUUGGAGAUCGCGAUGGUGGUGGUCGAGGCGGCGGUCGGGGAUUUGGAGAUCGCGAUGGUAGCCGCGGUGGUGGUCGAGGUGGCGGUCGUGGAUUUGGAGAUCGCGAUGGCAGUCGCGGCGGUGGUAGAGGAUUCGGAGGCCGCGGCGGUAGCCGAGGUGGUGGUCGACCAUUUGAAGGCAAACGCGAAUUUAUGACUGACGCCGUUUAUGUCGGAUCAGUACCUACUGAUAUGCAAGAAAAUGAUUUCAAAAAACUUUUUCCAAAAGCCACAAAAGUUCAUGUCUCACCAGCUGAAGGAACUCGACCUGGUCAUGCUUUUAUUACUUUUGCUGAUGAUGCUUCAGCAGCCGCUGCUGUUAAACAAGGUGCUACAUUCAAAAAUACUCAACUUAAAGUAGCAUUUCAAAAUAAACGUGCUGAACCACAAAAACGAUCGGUUGAUGGUGGUGAUAAAUCUGGCCCCAAAGCUAAAAAACUCAAAGGUGAUGCAAAUGGUGGUAAGAAAGCAGCUGGUUCCGAUGAUGACGAAGAUGAAGAUGAUGAUGAUGAAUCAAUGGAUUUUGAAGGAGAUGAUGAUGAAGAAGGUGGUGACGAUGAUGAUGAAGAAGAUGAUGAUGAUGAUGACGAUGAAGGUGAUUCGGAUGAUGAAGAAGAUGAAAAAAGUAUUAAAAAAACUGUUGCAAAAAUGGUAGCUGGUGGAAAAUCAGAUAAAGCAGCUGGAAAAAAAGUUGCAGCAGCAGAUGAUGAUGAAGAUGAUGAUGAUGACGAUGAUGAUGAAGAGGAUGAAGAAGAAGUACCAAAAAAAUCUCAAAAAACUCCUCCAGCAUCAGCUAAACAACCAGCACCAACUGCUGCUCAAAAUAAAAAUAAAGGCAAAGAAUUAACAAAACCAACUGUCAUCGAUAAUUCACUUCAAAAAAAGAACAAAGCUUCAGAUCAAACUGUCUCAAAAAAGUCAACACCAGCCGAAGUUCAAAAGCGUUCAGUCGAUAAUGGUGACAAAUCAGGUCCACAAUCGAAAAAACUUAAAAAUGAACCUGUAGUCAGUGCUAAAAAUGGUUUGAAAGGAAAAGGAAAACCAGUCGAAGAUGAUGAUGAAGAUGAUGAUGACGACGAAGACGAUAGCGAUGAUGAAGAACUCGACUUCGACGAAGAUGAUAGUGAUGAUGAAGAUGAUGACGAUGAAGAAGAUGAUGAUACACCUAAAAAACCAGCUGGCAAAUCACCUGCAGUUGGAAAACAAGCUAAAUCUGCUGCUAAACCAUCACUUGCUGAUGAUGAUGAAUCUGAUGAUGAUGAUGAAGAUGAUGAUGACGAAGAUGAUGAUGAAGACGAUGAAGAAUCUGCACCUCCAGCAAAACCACUCAAAUCUGCAUUAAAACAAGCACCAACACCAGCUAAACAAAAAUCUCCAGCAACACCAGCACCUUCAAAACAAAAACCAGCAACGCCUCCUGCAAAAUCUGAAACUAAACCAGCAACACCAGCUGCUGAUAAACCACUUGAUAAAAAACAAUUGUUUAUUAACUCAAUAAAAGAAAGCGUUAGUGUAUCUGAUAUGAAAGCACUUUAUCCAAAAGCUAAAACCGUUAAAAUGCAAAAACGUAAAGUUGGUCCAAAUUCACAUAUUCAAUUUGCUUUCGUAACAUUUGAAAAUGAAUCUGAAGCUGCAAACGCAUUCAAAGCUCAUACACAAAUUGGUGGUGAAAAAGUAAAUAUCUCAUAUGCAUUUGCUCAAAAAAAUCCACAACAACAACCAAAACAAGGAGAUACAAGUAAUGUAUCAGAUAAAAAACCAGAACAAAAAAAAAACGAUAAUAAAGAAAAAAAACAAACACCACCACCAGCUAAAAAAGAAAAAGUCAAAUCUGAAAAACAACUUUCAACAAAUUCAAUUUAUGUUGGUCAAUUACCGGAACAUGUAACUGAAGAUGAUAUUAAAAAACUUUUUCCAAAAGCAAAUAAAAUUGAAUUAUUUCCCACAAAAGCAAAAAAUAAAGGUGUUCGACCUGGUUUUGCUUUUCUUACGUUUCCUGAUGAUAAUUCAGCAGCUGCUGCUAUUAAACUUGGAGCAUCAUUAACAUUAAAAGAUACACAAUUAAAAGUUAAUUAUCAAACAAAAAAACCAACACCAAUAACAGCUGAAUAA